UUGUGGCUGGCUUAUUUCACUCAGCGUAAAGUCCAGGAUGUCUUUCUCGUUAAGGCUGAAUAAUAUUCCAUUGUGUGGAUAGACCACGUUUUCUUUUUUCAUUCCUCUGUCUGUGGACGUUUGGGUUGUUUCCACUUCUUGGCUAUUUUGGAAAAUGCUGCAAUGAUAACGGAUAUACAAAUACCUCUGCAAAGUCCUGCUUUUCAUUCUUCUGAUUAUAAAAGUAGAAGUCAGUUUGCUGGAUCAUAUGUCUCACUCUUAACCUUCUGGAACCCGCCCACCACUGCCCGACUCACUAUCGAAUCGGUGCCGCCCAAAGCUGCUGAAGGAAAGGAUGUUCUUCUACUUGUCCACAAUCUGCCUGGGAGGCUUUCUGGCUAUGCCUGGUACAAAGGGGACAGAGUAGAUUCCAGUCAACAAAUUGCAACAUAUGUGAUACGCAGAAAAGAAAUUACCCCAGGGCCUGUGUACAGUGGUCGAGAGACAAUAUACCCCAACGGAUCCCUGCUGUUCCAGAAUGUCACCCAGAAGGACACAGGAUACUACACCCUACAAGUCAUAACGAAAAUUUUGCUAAGUGAAGUAGGAACUGGACAGCUCCGCGUAUACUACUCAGUGGCACAGCCCUCCAUCCAAGCCAGCAACACCAUAGUCACAGAAUAUAAGGACGCUGUGGUCCUGACCUGCCUCACACGUGACGCUGGCAUCUCCAUCCAGUGGUUCUUCAAUAACCAGAGUCUCUGGCUCACAGAGCGGAUGAAGCUGGCCCAGGACAACAGCACCCUCACCAUAGACUCUGUCAGGAGGGAGGAUGCCGGGGAAUAUCAGUGUGAGGUCUCCAACCUGGUCAGUUCCAGCAAAAGUGACCUCCUCAGCCUGGCCGUGAGCUAAGAAACCACUACAGGCCUCCCUGUGGGAGCCAUUGUGGGCAUCGUGCUUGGGGUCCUGGUUGGCGUGGCACUGGCGGCUGCCCUGG